UCUUGAAAACACCAUCAUCACUGUCCAGUGUCCACCCCCUUUGCCUUCCGAAACAAGCUGGAUUUUAUCGUAUAGCAAACGCGCCGAACUGACCCUGCCGGAAAACCCAGCCGGAGCUGCUCGUAUUCCUCCAGAAACAGCUACAAACUCUUCCAGUUAGGUACUUCAUUCACAUCCUGAUUAAUUUUUGAAUGAAUGGAUAUGAAGAUUUCAUCAGCAACAUGCAAUUCAAACGUGUUUAAAUUCAGUGGCUUUCUUCACAAAGCACUUCCUACAAGAAUUAAAUAUGGAAAACAAAAUUGUAGAAAUUUAUCCAUAGGUACUACUAGUACUACCUCAACAACUUCUUUGACUCAGUCCCCUACAUUUACCGCAUUCGCUUCACCUGCGGAUGUUCCGCAACGUUCCGACGAGUGGUUCGCCCUUCGUAAGGACAAACUAACAACAAGUACGUUUAGUACCGCGUUAGGGUUUUGGAAAGGCGUGCGGCGUUCUGAGCUGUGGCGCGAGAAAGUGUUUGAUUCGGAGUCUCAAAUCAUUCAAGCUUCUCAGAGAAACGCAAUGGAUUGGGGGAUGUUGAAUGAGACAGUGGCGGUUGAGAAUUAUAAGAAGAUAACGGGUCGGGAGGUGAGUUCGAUGGGUUUUGCAGUUCAUUCGAAGGAGUCUUAUGAUUGGCUUGGUGCCUCACCGGACGGGGUUUUGGGUACAGGGAUAUUGGAAGUUAAGUGUCCUUAUAAUAAGGGUAAGCCUGAGGCAGGAUUGCCGUGGUCAACGAUGCCGUUCUAUUACAUGCCUCAAGUUCAAGGUCUAAUGGAGAUUAUGGAUUUUGAAUGGGUUGAUUUGUAUUGUUGGACGCCGAAUGGAAGCACUAUAUUUCGGGUCGUCAGGGAACGGGGAUAUUGGGAUAUAAUACAUGGGAUUCUUAGAGAGUUUUGGUGGGAGAAUGUGGUUCCGGCGAGGGAAGCUUUGUUGUUGGGGUGUACCGAACAGGUUGAGUCUUAUAAACCUGCAUCUACUCAUAAGUUAACUGGUUUAGCAAUUGCGAGAAGCAUCAAGUUAGCUAGUGAAUCGAAGCUAAUAUGCAGAGAAAUUGCAGGUCAUGUUGAAUUUUUUACCUGAUUUCUGGUUUACUUGUUGUAACUUGUAAGUUAAGAAAUUGAAUUGAUUCAGUAGUGUUAUCUAUCCUAUUCUUUGUACUGCA